GAAAAAAUGUCAAAUGCGACCUACUUCCGGUCCAGCUGGUCCGUCGGUAAAUUUGUUCCGCAAGAAACAAGAAAAGGUUAUGGCAACAAUAAUCGAGGAAAACGGUCCUUCGACUCGAGGGCAGACCGAGGUUCCGCCUUCGUCUCAGGCCAGACAGAAGCUGGAGGGGCUCCUGAACAAGAACAUGAGGAUCCGCAUGACGGACGGACGGACUUUGGUGGGGCUCUUCCUCUGCACGGACCGCGACUGCAACGUCAUCCUCGGCUCUGCUCAGGAGUUCCUCAAAUCUCCAGACACGUUCUCUCAGGGUGAACCCAGAGUGCUGGGCCUGGCCAUGAUCCCCGGCCACCACGUGGUGUCCAUCGAGGUGGAGGCCGACAGUCUAGAGGACGCUCACGGAUUUGGAGCCAUCUGCUGAGGAAGCCUGGGACAUUUGCAGACUUCAACACCCAUCAUGCUUUGCUGCUGGACAGUUGGACCGCUGGUGUUGGUGGAUCACAGAACGUUUGGAUUCAGCCGUUCCCUCAAAGACUGACAGGAAGGUUCUGCCGGCUGCAGGAGUGGAGACAGACUGAGAUUAAACGUCUCUGCCGGAGUGGUUUUAAAAUAAAAGUUCUGUUUGAAGCUUUGGAUUCCUGCAGAACCGUAUGAGAAAUGUGGACCAUAUUUAGGAUUUUAAACUGAUUAUGAUCACAUUUUAUUUUAGAAAUUCUUUCAAAAGUGAAGCCAGCAAUGUCUUCGUUUAUUGCUGCCAUUUUGGCUGACGUGUGACAUCACAGAACUAGUCUUUUUUUCAAAAUAAAAGUAUAUAGGCAGGACAAACAGGCUUUUUAGUUUUCAGUCAGAAGACUAACCUUUGCAAUCUUUAUGUUUAUGAAUAAAAUGAAAAUAAAACUUUACAGUUAUGUA